UCACAGGAUGGUUCAGAAGAACAGUACAAUGUCACAGAGAAUGAUCAGAUUGUGAAUCCAGAUGAAGAUCUGAACAUUAUAUAUGUUACAGAUACAUAUGUGAGUGGUGAUGAGCAGAGUAUAGAGGACAUUCCUACAGAUAACUGCCCAGAUGACUAUAUCAGGAGCUCAAAGGGACUUCCACUACCCAAAGAUCUCAAAGCAAAUGAUCAUGCUAUGAUACAAAAUACUUAUAAAAAAUAUGUUAUUAUCCCAGCUACACCCUCAGCUUUGCAAAGCAACAGUCAACAGAGAAGAAGUGAACCUCCAAGAGCUCUCACAGGGGAGAAGCCAUUUUCAUGCUUAGAAUGUGGUAAAUGUUAUAGGAUGAAAUCAAGUCUUAUUAUACAUCAAAGAUCUCACACAGGGGAGAAGCCAUUUUCAUGUUCAGAAUGUGGGAAACGGUUUACUAAAAAAUCAAGUCUUAUUACACAUGAUAGAAUUCACACUGGGGAGAAACCAUUUUCAUGUUUAGAAUGUGGAAAAUGUUUUAUCCAGAAAUCAGAUCUUGUUAAACAUAAUAGAAUUCACACAAAGGAGAAGCCAUUUUCAUGUUCAGAAUGUGGAAAAUGUUUUAGCGAUAAAUCGAGUUUUAUUUCACAUGAGAAAACUCACACAGGGGAGAAGCCAUUUUCAUGUUUAGAAUGCGGGAAAUGGUUUAGCAAAAAAUCAAGUCUUAUUACACAUGAUAGAAUUCACACAGGGGAGAAACCAUUUUCAUGUUCAGAAUGUGGGAAAUGUUUUAUCCAGAAAUCAGAUCUUGUUAAACAUCAGAGACGUCACAGAGGGAAGAAGCCAUUUUCAUAUUUGGAAAAGGUAUAGCUUUAAAUCAGAACUUUUUAGACAUCAGAGAACUCACCCAGAGGAGAGGCCAUAUUCAUGUACAAAAUGUGGCAAUUAAAUUUAAACAGAACUGAGAUCUUAUUACACAUCAAACAAUUCACACAGGGGAGAAUCUGUUUUCAUGUUCAGAAUGUAGGAAAUAUUUUAUAGAUAGAUCAAAUCUCGCUAAACAUCAGAGAACUCACACAGGGGAGAAAACAUAUUCAUGUUCAGAAUGUGGGAAGUUUUUUUAAUUGGAAAUCAGAUCUUACCAUCAGAGAAUUCAUAUAGGGGAGAAGCAAUAAUAAUGUUCUAAAUGUAGAAUAUGUUUUAGCCACAAAUAGCAUUGUCUUAAACAUGAAUAUCUUACACAUGAAAGAUUUUCUGUUAUAGGCAAGUAAAGCAGUUUGGAUCAUUAAAUGAUGAUUAAGAAAUGUCUGUAAUUACCAAUAAAAAUCUGUCCUGGUGUCAUGGUGCCCUGUUCUGCUGAAAGUGUCCCUAUGCUAUAAAGUCAACAGCUGCCAUGAAGGGAUGAACUUGGUUGACCACAAUGCUUAGGUUAGCCCUACUGUCCCAAAGCCCAUCCAUAGAUAUCAAAGGACCCAAGCUGUCCCUAAAAAACAUUUCCCACACCAUUACUCAACUACCACCAGCCUGAACUGUUGAACACUUGACAGGAAAGGGUUCAUCGAUUUAUGCUGCUUGUGCAAAAUUCUGGAAAUCUGACACGGCAAUGUUUUCCACUGCUCAGUGAUCCAGUUUCUGUGCUCUGCUCCCUUUGGAGUCUUGCCUUUUUGUUGGAAUGGCACCUGAACUGGUCAUUUGCUAUUUUUGCUCAUCCAUACUAAGGAACUACAAGUUGUGCACUCGGAAACCUUAGUUGGGACACCAGCUUUGUAUUCGACAGUUUACUUGACUGUGUACCGUCUGUUAGUCUGGCGCCAUUCUGGCCAUUCUUCUGUGACCAUCCACAGGAUCCCCGUUCACUGGAUGUUUUCAUCGAUCGCAUGAUUUCUGGUAUACUCUCCAAUGCACAUGAAAACUCCACCAGGCAAUUUUUCAUAUUCUGGUUCCGGCUACUCAAGCACCGAUAACCAUGUCCCAUUUGAAGUCAUCUGAUUGCAUGAUUUUCCCAUUCUAAUGUAUAUUCACAAUGAAACUGAUCCACAACAAACUUGCUCUCUUAAUUUUAUGUUGUACUUUGGAUUCAUGGAUCUGAUUUCCAUUCAUCAAAGCUUUAAUUGUGAAAGGGUAGUGUGACGAUGAUAUGUAAUUUAUGUGUUUUUAUAUUCAUGCUCAGUUUUUCAAAGAGUUGAUGGCUGAAUUGUAGUCUGCUGCCCUGUUAAUGACCUUCUGCUGGUUUACGGCCUCACAUUAUUUCUCUGACACUGGGAAAGGUGAGUGGAGAAUGAUGGGAUUGUUAGGCUCCAUCUUAUCUUUGAAGAGACCGGAAAUUAAUCUCAAACCAUUUAGCUCCAAUCACCAAAUGGAUUGGAUGGAGGACACGACACAUCUGAUAACAUUAUCUUUUAACCAUAUGGUUGGGCAAAGGAAAUAUAGGGUGUAUUUGCCAAAGGAAAGUUUUUAAACCCACCUUGAUAUGCUUGGUGGUGAGUCUGUGUGUAUGGAGCUAUGCUAUAACGUAGACCCACAGCUGCCUCGAUAAACAAUUACAAGACCCGAAUGCCAAGCUUCACUGGUAGGAAUACUUGAACCACAUCAUUUAGGGAUGUGAGUUUCGCUUUUAUGUAAUCCCUUUUGAACAUUCCUUUGAAUUGUCCUUUCAGUAUCUUGUAAAUUCAAAAAUAAUAGGGGGCGCUCCCUUGUGAAAUACCUUUAGGGUUCCCAGAUAAGGACUCAAGGUGAGAAUACCUUACCGAAUAAUGUUGUGCAAAUCCAGGCACAACACUAGGAAAUGGAGUGGUCUCUCCUGCAGAGAGGAUCGGUCAGACUGCUGCGCUUGUUCGCCAGGAUCCUCCAGGUGGAGUCCAGAAUACACAUAGGAACAUGGUCGCUCAAGAAGGAGCAGAAAAACAAAGGCAUGCUACUCUGCUAUCUAUAAAGUUAUUUAUAAAAAACCUACAUAAAACACUAUAAAUAAAAGGCUAUCUACGCUUUUUAGUGGCAGGCCGCCACCCUUAUCAGGCUGUCCUGAUCUACAUAGCAGAGCAGUGCGCUUUUGUUUUUAUUUUUCUGCUCCUUGUUGAGUGAACAUGUCCCUUCUGUAUUUUGUAGGCACUGUUGUCAAAUUAUAUUAACCUUUAAGUCUAGUAGCUGCUGUGUUGUCCUGUUGAUGGAACCUGGUUAUAUUUGGUAUCACAAUCUACUGUGCGUACAGCAAUGUAUUGACUUGGCUGCAGUUGCUGCACAGUGGGUGGGAAUAUUCUUGCAUAGGUAGUCCCAGCAGGUGAGUGUGGUGAUCCAAUAGUACAGAAUAUUGCAUGUGUCUUUGUAUAGCCUGGGGUAGUCUGGGGAUAUUCAAAAGGGAAGAAACUUUGUCAGUAAAUUCCUACGGUUUUUAUAAUAAAAAGUAAGACGGCACUACCUGUUGAGAUGUUCUCAAUAAGUCCAUUCAGUGGCAGAGCCAGUGGUGUUAGAUCCGGACCUCUGGGUCCCCAAAGUACAAAAAUAGAGGGGUAAAAACGUAGCACUCCAAUUUCUCAAUGUAGUUUCUGUGUUUAUUUCUCACCCAGCAUGCUUUUUUUCCUCUAUUUUUGUACCUGUUUUUAUGUGAUAUGGAAUAAAGGCUGUUCGAUUUUACCACUGAACUUUAUUCACUUUUGGAUAUUUCAUUGCCGUGGCAGACUGUUUCUUCAGCGUUUGAGAAACAGAAAAUUAUUUUAUGUAGAGCUUAAAGUGGUCUGGGGAUAGCCCGCU